GUAUACUUCUGGGAUGGAAGAAGGUAUGGAGCACAGGUUUCAAGACAGGAUUUAGAAGAUAUGAUCAUGGAUGAACCGAUAGCAAGCAAUUGCAUCAAAUGUUAUGGAAUUCUCUUGACUGAUCAGCUGUUGGAGAAAGAAUCACAAGGCUUGGAUGUACCAACUUUUAUGAAUCCCUUAUGCUGGAAAAUUUGACGGUGUAUUAUGUACAUCUGUACCUCUGCGAACCACUGUUCCAGAAUCUGGCAAGAUCCAACUAUAUAUUCUUCCCAAUCUCACACACUACAAAAAAAAAUUACAUUGGCUUCACUACUUUGCGUCAGCAAGCAGUUGCCGUCGCCAAUAGUUGCCUAUUUGCAUCGGCAAAAUUGGGCCGUCGCGAAGAUAUGGGAGGUCUGCCACCACGUUAAUGUGCCGUGGUAAUAGCUGUCGCAAAACAAUGAUCUAUGCUUCGGUAAAACUUUGCCGAUGCAAAGUAUUUUGUAAAUUGCUACUGCACGGAGGUGCCGUCGCGUUAAUACUUAUUUUGAGAAGCCUACUUAUUCGAUUAGAAAAACGGCCUCGACCAAUCGUUAAUUGAGGUUAGAAGUUGCUUGGAUUUUGGUCAAAUUAAAAACCCAAGCUUGAGCCCUUCGAUCUCUCUCUUCGUCAAACCCUAAAAUUUCAUUCCCAGAUGCCAAGUUUUCUGCCAGUCUAGUCCCUAUCGAAUCUAUGCCUUAUUUCCAGGUCUCCACAAAGAUGGCUUUGGAACCCUAUUCAUUUGGAUCGUACGAAAUCAACAACAGGGAAGUGUUUUAUGACACUAAUCUAUCGUAUGCCUUGGUUAAUUUGCGCUCUGUCGUUUCUGGUAUCGUCUUACUCUCUUACAGUUAUUAGAAAUUUAGAAUGUAGAAAUAAGUAUAAAAGUUGCAAACUUGAUGACCAAUUUCCCACUUUUCUCUGCAUGUCAAAUCCUUUUGUUUUUGGUUUGAAUUGAAAUGGUGUUUUGGGUUCAGUCAAGACAUUGUUUUGCUUAUGAAAGUUGGAAAAUUUCUUUCUUCUAGUGACUUUUGGUUGCUUGUAAAGAAUGGUAUAUAUGUGUUGAACUACUUGAUUGACUGGAUUUCAUUUUUGAGUAUGCAUAUCCAUUAUAGAAGAAAAGGGUUCCUCACUAUGCUUGAAUUUGGGUUUCUUUUGACACUGGAUAGUAAGCAAAUAAUGGCUGGUAGUUCCAAUACUGAAGCACAUACUGGGUGGACCAUGUUGAACAUUCUACAUGUGUGUACAUCUACCCUCUGGUGGGUCACUAAGAAUCCGAACCAGCUACGAGGAAUUCAAGUCAUGAAUGGCGUCGUUGCUUUGGUGGUUGUUGUAAUAUGUUUGGAGGUUAGAGCUGUUUUCCAUUCAUUUGGGGAAUACAUUCAGGUGCCUCCGCAUUUGAAUUACCUUUUGGUGACAACAACAAUGCUUGGAGGUGCAGCUGGAGCUGGUGCCUAUGCGCUGGGUAUGAUAUCUGAUGCCUUCAGCUGCCUGGCUUUCACUGCUUUGGCUAUUGUAGUUAGUGCUGCUGGAGCUAUCAUUGUAGGAUUUCCUGUUUUGUUCCUUCCACUGCCUUCAGUUGCUGGCUUCUAUUUGGCUCGCUUUUUUACAAAGAAGAGUGUUCCAUCCUACUUUGCUUUUGUUGUGCUUGGGAGCCUGAUGGUUACAUGGUUUGAAAUGCACAAUUUCUGGGAUCUAAAUAUUUGGAUGGCAGGCAUGUCCCUGAAAUCCUUCUGCAAACUUGUUAUUUUGAAUGUUGUCUUGGCCUUGACUAUUCCUGGUCUAGCUCUACUUCCUUCGAAGCUCCACUUUUUGAUAGAGAUUGGUUUAGUCACUCAAGCAUUGCUCUUAUGUCACAUUGAGAACCGAUUUUUUAAUUACUCUGGGAUAUAUUAUUAUGGAUUUGAGGAUGAUGUAAUGUAUCCAAGCUACAUGGUUCUCGUGACAACAUUUGUGGGUUUAGCUUUGGUGAGAAGACUAUCUGCGGAUCAUCGAAUUGGUGCGAAGGUAGUUUGGAUUUUGACAUGUCAUUAUUCUGCAAAGAUGGGUAUGCUAGUGAUUUCAUCAAAGUUGGUUGUCUGGAUGUUAGCUGUUCUGUUGUUGGCUGUAACGCCACCAUUGCUUCUCUACAAGGAUAAGUCAAGGACAGCCUCAAAGAUGCAAACCUGGCAAGGUUAUACACACACAGGUGUGGUUUCCUUAUCAGUUUGGUUUUGUCGUGAAACAAUCUUUGAAGCCUUGCAAAGGUGGAAUGGAAGAGCUCCCUCUGAUGGCCUACUCUUGGGCUUCUGUAUUGUCUUGAUGGGCUUGGCUUGUGUCCCUAUUGUGGCUCUCCACUUCUCUCAUGUCUUGCUUUCGAUUUUCUCAAUGGAUACGUGAAGAUUUCUGUUAUAGGAGGCUUGCAACAACACUAUAGCAAUUGGUAUGUGAAAUAGAUCGAAGACGAGCCCUGCAAAGUUUAUCUUGAAAUUGAGGAAGAAAAUUAUUUUGUAUUAUCUUGUAAACUCUUGUAUAAGAGCUUUAUUCCUCUUGUAACAUUCAUGAGAAAAUUGAAAUAUAACAUUCCCUUUUCAAUA